GGAGAGGUCUGGCCCUCGCCACCCCCUCGAUGGGGCCCCUAGUGUGGCAGCAGUGAAUCCUCAGACAGAUCGCGGACAGCGAAGGGGAGAUGCUGCCGUCCAGAACGGCAAAACAAGACACCUUACGGGAAGAUUGGACAGUUCUUUCAUAUUCGUCAAAGCAUGGAUAGUAAUGACACAUAUCUACACCUUAGUGGCCUCGUUAGAUAAAGACUGCAGUGUCGUAUUCCAGCUUCACUGUUGAAACUGAAUCCAAGUGUUGGCCUUCUCAUGUCCUGAGAAGAUACCUGGCAACUAUUGCUAAGGGGAUGGAGAGCCAGAGGUUCUUCUUUGCAGGUAACGCACAGUCAUCUGAGCUCUCCACCAUCCCAUCCUCCUCUCAGCUCCAUGGUGGGCCACCAGCACCCCUCUAUUAUCAACAGUGUAGGAUCACCCUACUCAGUCAUCAACUCUUCAUCCCUGGGCUCGUCUGCAGCCUCCAUGCCCACCACAUCCGGCAUGGGUUAUGGAGUACUCAAUAGUCCACAGAUGAACUCUUUGAACGGUGUUAGCAGUUCAGAGGACAUUAAACCUCCUCCAGGUCUGGCUGGACUAGGCGGUGUCAGCAGCUACUCAUGCGGCAGCCCAGGCUCCCUCUCCAAACACAUCUGUGCCAUCUGUGGAGACCGCUCCUCAGGGAAACAUUAUGGUGUUUACAGCUGUGAAGGCUGCAAGGGCUUCUUCAAGAGAACCAUCCGAAAAGACCUCACAUACACGUGUCGAGACUGUAAGGAUUGUCAGAUAGACAAGCGCCAGCGUAACCGCUGCCAGUACUGCCGCUAUCAAAAGUGUUUGGCUAUGGGCAUGAAGAGAGAAGCGGUGCAGGAAGAGAGGCAACGUGGCAGAGAAAAGAGUGAUAAUGAGGUUGAGUCCAGUGGCAGUUUUAAUGAAGAAAUGCCAGUAGAGAAGAUCCUUGAUGCUGAGCUCGCCGUUGAACCCAAGACUGAAGCCUACAUGGAGACAAGCACUGGAAACUCGACAAAUGACCCAGUGACUAACAUUUGCCAGGCUGCAGACAAGCAGCUGUUCACUCUUGUUGAGUGGGCUAAGAGAAUCCCACACUUCUCUGGCCUACCUCUGGAUGACCAGGUCAUCCUACUACGAGCAGGUUGGAAUGAGCUGCUCAUUGCUUCGUUCUCACAUCGUUCGGUGACCGUUAAAGACGGAAUCCUAUUGGCCACUGGCCUACACGUCCAUCGAAGCAGUGCUCACAGCGCAGGGGUGGGCUCCAUUUUUGACAGGGUAUUAACAGAACUGGUGUCUAAGAUGAAGGACAUGCAGAUGGACAAGACAGAGCUGGGCUGUCUCAGGGCUAUUGUCCUCUUCAACCCAGAUGCGAAAGGAUUGUCAAACCCAUCCGAGGUAGAGGCAUUAAGGGAAAAAGUGUACGCCUCACUGGAGGCCUACACAAAACACAAAUACUCCGAUCAACCUGGCAGGUUUGCCAAGCUGCUUCUACGUCUGCCCGCUCUCCGUUCCAUAGGGUUGAAAUGCCUGGAGCACCUGUUCUUCUUCAAACUCAUCGGAGACACACCCAUAGACACUUUCCUAAUGGAGAUGUUGGAAGCACCACACCAAAUUACAUGACACAAGUCUCGCUUUAAAUGUAAAUAUUCCCCAGCGCACACUUAACCCCAUAACAUAAAAGAAGUUCUUAUUUUGUACCAAGCACAAUGUGAAAAAACAUGAAGACAAAAGGUUUGUUUUGGUAUUUUCGAAGAAAGAGAUACUGUUAAAGUAAAAUGUAAGAGUACUGUAAACCUUUAUUUUGUAUAUUUUACCAACUGUGAUAGGUGCAGCAACUAAAUGUGAAAAUAUUUAAUUGAAAUGAGCAUUGUAAAAACAAAAGUCACCAGCAAUGAGUUUUAGAAUUCUGUGAAAAUAA